UAGCUGCGGCCUUCGAUCAAACGUUCAUUGUCUUUUCUCUUCUGUUCUCCUUGAACCAGAAGCAUAUUGUCUUUAUACCACAUCAUGUCCAACAAGAGGAUCGAACAAUGGGAAGUUGAGCGGUAUUGGGAGAUAUUCUCGUCGCUUUCGAACGGCAACCCGCACCUAAACAGCUCACAGGCGGCAUCAGUGCUCAGGAACAGCCGGCUUCAAGAUGAACAGCUGGAAAAAGUCUGGGAUCUUGCGGAUGUGGAUGGCGAUGGAGAGCUGGACUUUGAAGAAUUCUGCGUCGCAAUGAGAUUGGUCUUCGAUCUAGUCAAUGGGGAAUUGCGACAAGUUCCACGUGUACUUCCGGACUGGCUUGUCCCUGAGUCCAAGGCCCACCUCGUCCAGGCCUCUCGUGCUCUACACCAUGGACAGGAACAAUUCGAGCGCAUCGAGGACGAAGAUGAUACCCUUGGAUUGAAGGAUGGAUUUGACUGGUACAUGAACCCGUCUGAUAAGGCCAAGUAUGAUGAGAUAUACAAUACCAACAAGAACCAUCGAGGAGAAACGACUUUCGAAUCUCUACAGCCACUCUACGACUCCCUUGACGUCCCAGACACUGACAUCCGUUCUGCAUGGAACCUCGUCAACCCUUCUGCAUCACCCUCUAUCAAUAAAGACGCAACUCUCGCUUUUCUCCACAUCCUCAACUACCGACACGAGGGUUAUCGUAUUCCGCGAACCAUCCCUGCGUCCCUGCGGGCGUCUUUCGAGAAUAAUAAGAUCGACUAUCAAAUCGACCACGCACGCCCCGCGCAAAAAUGGGGAGCAUACGGCGACAUGGAGACUCCAACCGGUCGCAAGGCCAAGUUCGGAGACACAUAUCUGAGCCGUCUGGGAGUUGGCGGAAAGGGAUCUUACCAACCAAAGGGCACGGACUUCAGUGAUACGAUCCAAGAUGAGGAAUGGGAGAAAGUCCGUCUGCGCCGAGAGCUCGCGGAGCUAGAGGCCAAGUUGAAAGCCGCCAAUGAAGCUGCGGAGAACAGGAGAAAUCCCGACCGUCCGCGGAACGACGGCGGACCAAACUGGGCCUUGAUUAAGAAGGAGGCCCUGCAGCUUCUGGAGUACAAGGAGCGUGAACUGCGUGAAUUGAGAGAAGGCUCGGGCAGGUCCAAGGAGGGGCAAGCAUUUGAGAGACUCAGGGACGAUGUGAAGACGGUUGGAGACCAGGUUGAUGGGUUGAAGAGUCACCUUGCUAAACGAAAUGACAUUCUGGCCGAUCUGCGAGAGCAGAUUGAACUGGAAAGGUCCCAUCGCUAGGUCAUCACCUAAUUGUCGUUUAUUUUUCUUCAUUUUUGUAACUCCACUUAUCAGUCCCGCGCUGUCUGUAUUGAUGUUGAUACCUCUUUCCCUCUCAUGGCGGCGGACUAUAUGAUUUACAGCUUUUCUUUCUCUCAUUGUACGGCCAUUCACUGGCGAGGAGCUUUGGGCGCUGAAUGUUGAAUAUUGUUUAUGUUUUAAUAGGGUUUUGUUGGUUCGUGGAGUCAGUACAUAUUGUCUUAUAU